AUGGCGUCGCAGCGCGCGCUCGCACGCGCAGGCCAGCAGCGCCGCCGCCAGCAGCAGGAAGGGCCCCGCCAGCUGGGCGGCGCGCAGCGGCUCGGGUUGCGCCGCCGGGGCGGCCGGCAGUUGGCCGUCCAGGGCGCGCAGGUGGUGCUGCGCCGCCGUCCACUGGCCGUACAGCCCCCCUUGCACCGCGCGCUGCACCACGCUUUUGAACCUCUCGGUGAAGAAGUGGUUUCUUCUCACUUUAGUUUCAUAAACAUCCUUGGAGAUGGUGGCCUCGUCGAUGGUGACGGGGUCUCGGUGGUAGACGGGCACCGUGAGGACGCCGAGCAGGAGUCCGCUGUAGGCGUUGCCCAGCAGCAUUCCGAGGGCGAGUGUGCUCACCGCAGCCACGCGCUCGGCGCCUCGCAGCCUCGAGAACGCGCUUUCGCCGGCGACCAGCAUCCGCACCAC